AUGGAUUAUAUAACCAACAUUACAUACCUCACUCUUGAAGGACAUAUUGAAUUACAGAAGUACAAAUAUAUUUAUUUUAGUAUUACACUCACAGUGUACAUACUUAUAUUUUGUUGUAAUACUGUUAUCAUUUGGCUCAUAUAUACAAAUCAGAGUCUUCAUGAGCCAAUGUACAUAUUCAUUGCUGCUUUGUUUUUCAAUGCUAUUUUUGGAACUACUGCACUUUACCCAAAACUACUGAGUGAUUUUCUUUCGGACAGUCAGGUAAUCUCUUAUCCAGCUUGUCUAGUCCAGGCAUUUUUAAUUUAUACAUAUGGUGCUUCAGAAUUCUUACUGUUAUCAGCAAUGGCCUAUGACAGGUACGUUUCUAUCACUAAACCACUACAAUAUGCGACGCUUGUCAAAAUGUCCACUGUGAAAAAGAUGAUAUUUUUUUCAUGGCUUCUCCCUGCAAGUGAAAUGUCUGUAAUGGCAAUAUUAACAUUCAGGCUAAAACUGUGUAAAUUUAGACUAAACAGAAUUUAUUGCGAUAAUUAUUCAGUUGUCAAGUUAAGCUGUGGAGACACAUCCGCAAACAACUACUAUGGUGUGGCAAUUUUAAUCAUAGCCGUGUUCCCAGCAGUGAUAUUCAUCAUUUUCUCCUACAUUAAGAUACUUGCAAUUUGUUUAAAGAGCUCAAAAGAUUUUCAGAAGAAAGCUUUACAGACAUGUUUGCCACACCUUUUAAUAUUCGUUAACUUCUCAGUCAACUGUAUAUUUGAAAUUAUUAACAACAGACUACAAUCAGAUAUACCCCACGUUGUCCAGAUCAUUACAUCCAUAGAAUUUUUAGUGAUUCCCCCCCUGUUCAAUCCAGUUAUCUAUGGAAUAAAACUGCAAGAGAUUUUAUGUAGGAUUAAGAAACUCUUUUGCUCAAAAUGA